AUGCGAUUCCACAUCGUGCUACUCCAAGUGAUCUCAGCUCAGGCAGCACUGCAGAACUGCCCUAUGGCGUCGAUACGUUCCAUUGUUAGCCGAGCGACAGAAGUCACGAAAGAUCCAGCCACACAAAUGCAGAUGAUACGGCGAAUUAUAGAAGAUAUAUAUGGAGGAUCAUGGGGUGUGCUAAUCAUACGUAACCCAACGCUUGUUUCCAGCGAGGUACACUGGACGAUCCCAGAUCACAACAAUGCUGAUGGUACGCCAGGUUUCUGUCUAACAGUUGUAAAAGGAUGGCAAUACAACGUCUUCAAAACAGGUGCUAAGGAUCUACGAGAUAGAGUGACCGUCGAGGACAUAGUGAAAAGAAUUCGACAAGCUGACGAAAAACCAAGGCCAACGCGAAUGAGUGUGAAGGAGUUUGAUAAGAAGCUUAUUCAAACCAUACAAAUAUUAGAAGUUCAUAAGAGAUAG